CUAGCAAGAGUGAGCUCGCAGGGAGCAGAGGGCAGGCUGCAGACGGCUGCGGGUGGUCCCCUUAACUGAAUUGGACCAAUUGUGUCUAUCAGUCGUCUCACCCGUGAGGCCUUGUUUUCUCGUCGCCCUUGGAAAGAGAUCUCGGCAUCCUGGAUCCUUCUGUGGGUUCUCGAGGCAGCUCCACAGCGCAGCAGCGCGCGUACAGCUGCCUCAAGGAGUUGGGCAAGAUGGUAUUUGGAGUUCAGGACAUCGCAUUGUUAGAACAUGGUUGCAAGGCCUUGGAGGUAGACAGUUACAAGUCCUUGAUGAUCCUGGGGAUCCCGGAGGACUGUAGCCACCAAGAAUUUGAAGACAUCAUACGGGUCCCUCUCAAACCGCUGGGCAAGUUUGAAGUGGCUGGGAAGGCCUUUCUGGAGGAGGACAGAUCCAGGGCAGCUAUCAUUAAACUGACAGAAGACCUCAAUUACGAUGUGGUCCCCAGGGAGAUCAAAGGCAAGGGUGGUAUGUGGAGAGUGGUCUACAUGCCCAAAUGGCAGGACAUCGAAUUCCUCACCAAACUCAAUUUGUUCCUGCGGAGAGAGGGCAGGACCGUAGAGGAUGUGGCCCGCAUCCUCAGGCAGGAGCUGUGUCCCACCACACUCGGAGAGCUACCUCCCAGGAAGUGCUGCCUGUCUCCACCAGGGGAGAAAGCAGACAAGGGGGCCAUCCUCAAGGGGGUCGGUGUGAUCUCUCUGGAGGACCCAGAGAAGGAAGGCAAGCCUGAAGAAGGAAAGAAGGGCAAGAAGAAAAACAAGAAAACUCGGCGCCGACAGCAGGCUUCUGAUAGGAAGCUGUAAGUUAAGUUGGAUGAGUGUGUAUU